AUGAUUGGUAGAAUUGGGUCUAGGAGAUUCUUAUCUCAAUCAAGAAGACUCUUCAAUGAGGCUCCAAAAGUAGCAACUCCAAAGCCAAGCAUUUUCAAAAGAGCCGUCAAAUUCACUGUCUGGUCCACCAUUGCCGCUACCGUCGGUUCAAUUGGAUUUGUCGGUUACAAGAUUUACCAAGAAUCAUACCCUGCUAACCAACUCAAGCAAACUCCAACUUUCCCAGAUGGAACAAAGAAGAAGACUUUGGUCAUUUUAGGUUCUGGUUGGGGAUCCAUCUCCUUGUUGAAGAACUUGGACACCACUUUGUACAACGUCGUUGUCGUCUCUCCAAGAAACUACUUCCUUUUCACUCCAUUGUUACCUUCUGUUCCUACCGGUACCGUCGAUGUCAAGUCUAUUAUUGAACCAGUUAGAGCCAUCACCAGAAGAGCUCCUGGUGAGGUUAUCUACUUGGAAGCCGAAGCCACUGAAAUUGACCCAAAGAAAAACCAAAUUACCAUUAAGCAAUCCACCACUGUCCACUCUGGUCACUCCGGUAAGGAUACUGGUUCUUCCAAGUCUACUGUUUCUGAAUAUACCGGUGUUGAACAAAUCACUACCACUUUAAACUAUGAUUAUCUUGUUGUCGGUGUUGGUGCUCAACCAUCCACUUUUGGUAUCCCAGGUGUUGCUGAAAACUCCACUUUCUUGAAGGAAGUUUCCGAUGCUGUAGCCAUCAAGAAGAGAUUAAUGGAUGUCAUUGAAGCCGCUAACAUCUUACCUCGUGGCCACCCGGAUAGAUCCAGAUUAUUGCACGUUGUUGUCUGUGGUGGUGGUCCAACCGGGGUUGAGGCCGCUGGUGAAAUCCAAGAUUACAUUGACCAAGAUUUAAAGAAGUGGGUUCCUGAAGUUGCUGACGAAUUAAAGGUUACCUUGGUUGAAGCUUUACCAAAUGUUUUGAACUCCUUCAGUAAGCCAUUAGUUGAAUAUACUAAGCAGGUUUUCAAGGAAACUAACAUUAACUUGUUGACCAACACCAUGAUUAAGAAGGUCAGCGAAAAGAGUUUGACUGCCACCGAAAAGAAAGCCGAUGGUUCUUCCGAAACUUACGAAAUUCCAUAUGGUAUGUUGAUCUGGGCCACUGGUAAUGCUCCAAGAGACUUCACUCGUGAUUUGAUUUCCAAGGUUGAUGAACAAAAGAAUGCUCGUCGUGGGUUAUUAGUUGAUGAACGUAUGAAAUUGGAUGGUACCGAUAAUGUUUUCGCUUUAGGUGAUUGUACUUUUACCAAGUACCCACCAACUGCCCAAGUUGCCUUCCAAGAAGGUCAAUUCCUUGCUGAUUACUUUGCAAAAUUACACCAAGUUGAAUCUCUUAAACAUUCUGUCACCACUGCUUCUCCUGAACAAACUGACAAGUUAACCAAGAAGUUGGCUCGUUUGGAAAACAAGUUGCCACACUUUAUUUACAACUACCAAGGUUCUUUAGCCUACAUUGGUUCUGAAAAGGCUGUUGCUGAUUUGGUUUGGGGUGAUUGGAGUAACAUUUCCUCUGGUGGUGGUCUUACCUUCUUAUUCUGGAGAAGUGCUUACAUUUACAUGUGUUUGAGUGUCAAGAACCAAGUUUUGGUUUCUGUUGAUUGGUUGAAGGUUUACUUAUUCGGAAGAGACUUUUCCAAGGAAUAA